AUGCUCAUUCUUUCUUUCUUUCUUUCUUUCUUCUUCACGACUGCCAUUCUCCUCCUGCUCCUCCUCCUCCUUCACUUCUUUCUGUCUUUCUUUCGUGACCAAGGCAUAAAUGACGUUUUUGUUUCAAUCCUCUUUUUGCUUUUCUUUCUUUCUUCUCCACACAUGAUAAUCUAUGAUCCUUCUUUUUCCUCGUCUUCUUUUUUCUUCACGGCUGCUAUUAUCACAAUCCUUCUUUCUUUCUUUAUUCUGUUGCCAUUCUCCUUCUCUACUUUUUUCUUUCUUUCUUUCUUAUCACAGCUGCCACUGUUUUUUUCUUCUCCUUUUUCCUUCUCGCAGCUAAGAUAUUCCUUGUUUUUCUUUCUUUCUUUCUUCUUCACGACUUCUAUUAUCCUACCCUUCCUUUUUUUCUUUCUUUCUUUCUUUUCACGGCUGCCACUUUUCUUCUUCUCCUCCUUUCUUCUCGCAGAUGAGAUGAUACUUCUUCUUCAACUUCUUUUGUCUUUCUUUCUUUUCACCUUCUUUUUCUCUUCAGGAUUUGAUUUCGAGAGCGAUCUUGUCAUCUAUCGAUACCAUUGGAUUCGAAUCUAUCUAUCUAUCUAUCGAUCUAUCUAUCUAUCUAUCUAUCUAUCUAUCUUAUCCGAUUUAUAA